AUGUCUCUUACAAACGCGACGCCGCUCGAGGUCGCGCAGGCCGCAAGACUUGGCUCCCGGAAACUCGCGGUGCUGUCGACUGAGGAGCGCAAUGCCGCGUUGACUGCUAUCCACAAGGCGCUAGCUGAUGGCAAAGACGAGGUGCUAGCUGCUAAUGCCAAAGAUCUGGAAGCGGCGAACAAGGCCGCUGCGGGGGGCACGCUUAGUGCGAGUUUGGUGAAGAGAUUGGACUUGGGCAAGCCGGGCAAGUAUGAGGAUAUGCUGCAGGGGAUCUUGGACGUAAGGGUACUGGAAGAUCCCAUCAACAAGACCACCGCGAAGACUUUGCUCGACGACAACCUUACCUUGUCGCGGAUAACAUGUCCCAUCGGCGUGCUUCUCAUCAUCUUCGAGGCCCGUCCGGAAGUCAUUGCCAACAUCUCUGCCCUCGCUAUCAAGUCCGGUAACGCUGCGAUUCUCAAAGGCGGUCGGGAAUCCAGCAACAGCUUCGCGGCCAUCGCAUCAAUCAUCUCAAAAGCCUUGUCGUCAACAGCAGUCCCGUCAGAUUGUCUACAACUUGUCCAAACACAUGAUGUCAUCGCCGACCUUUUGAAGCAGGAUACUUACAUUGACCUGUGUAUCCCAAGAGGAGGCAACAAGCUCGUCCGCUACGUCAAAGACACGACAACUAUUCCCGUCCUUGGUCAUGCCGACGGCAUAUGCUCGGCGUACCUCUGCGACGACUAUCCCGCCGACAAGGCCACCAAGAUCAUCAUUGAUGCGAAGACAUCGUAUCCUGCGGGCUGCAAUGCCCUAGAGCAGCUGCUCGUUGCAGAAUCGGCGCUUAGCACAUCGCUCCCUUCAAUCGCCGAAGCGUUACUGCAAAAAGGCGUCUCACUGCGCUGCGACCCCGCAUCCCUCUCCGCUCUAAAAGGAAAACUAGACGCACACUCGGCGACGCUACUACAGGAAGCAGGACCCGAGGACUUUGACACAGAGUUCUUGGACUACAUAAUUGCCAUCAAAACUGUAGCAAACUUAGAUGAAGCCAUAUCACACAUCAACACACACGGGUCACACCACACGGAUGCUAUUCUCACCACCUCAGAAACCACUGCCAAGACCUUCCUUGCAGCCAUCGAUUCCUCAUCUGUGUACUGGAAUACCUCGACGCGCAUGGCGGACGGCCAGCGCUACGGCUUUGGAACAGAGGUCGGCAUCUCUACCAACAAGAUCCAUUCUCGCGGCCCAGUGGGUCUCGAGGGCCUGACGAUAUACAAGUGGGUGAUUGUAGGUGACGCGCAGGUUAGUGCCGAGUAUGGUGCAGGUGGAAAGGCGUGGAAGCAUCAAGUCUUGCCGGUCGGGGAGCAAGAGUUUGUUGCCAAGGACGAAGAAGAAAGAGAGUUGCUGAGACAAUUCAGAGCGAAGAAGGGGCAGUAG